AUGACCACCCCGCUUGCGGAGAAGCUUGCCAGCCUGUCUGGUUAUGGCCCAACCUCCAGCGUUGCCCAGGCGCAAUAUCGUCUAGAUUUGAUCGCAAAAUGGCCAAUCGGUCACGGUGCUCGCGUGUUGGAGUUGGGGUGUGGACAGGGAGACACAACACUGGCACUUGCAGAAGCUGUUGGUGCAACUGGUCACGUUGAUGCUGUUGACCCGGCUCGCCUCGAUUAUGGUUCACCGACAACACUUGGAGAAGCUCAGAACACCAUUUCUACUGGGCCCCUUGGCCCUCGCAUUGCCUGGAUCCAAUCCGAGCCUCUCAAAUAUCUCAAAACCAAUCCACUCGCGCAAUGGGACGUUGUUGUGCUUGCCCACAGUUUAUGGUACUUUGAUUCACCGGAGUUGAUCUUGGAAACGCUUCGUUUUCUUGCUUCCCGGACGCAAAAAGUUUGCAUCGCAGAGUGGAGUCUAUCAGGCAUCAACGCGACGACCCAUAUCCUCUCUGCUCUCACCCAAGCGGCAAUGGAAUGUCGGAAGCCUGAAUCUGAGUCGAAUAUUCGUACUAUGGUAGCCCCGACGCGUAUCAAGGAGCUCGCAGCUCAGGCUGGCCUAAAGCUUGUUGAAGAAGCGCUGGUCACUCCUGGCAAUGGUGUUCAUGACGGCAUAUGGGAGACCCAACUCACCUUGGGAGCCGAGUUCGCCCGAGAAGUGGAGGAGUUUGUCAAGGAUAAUCGGGAAAAGGCAGUCAUACUUGCUAUGCGAGAUGCAGUCCAAGCUAGCAUGGAUAAGAUUGGCGGUAUCAAAGCUGUUGAGACGAUGGACGGCUGGGUUGGCGUUUUCACGGUGUGA